AUGGAUGGGCUACAGAGAACUAACUACUCUGAGGUCACUGAAUUCAUCCUGGUGGGGUUUUCCCAGAAGCCCCAUGUGCAAGCUGCCUUCUUCACUGGGUUGCUGUGCUUCUACCUCUUCACACUUUUGGGGAACAGCCUCAUCGUCACUGUGAUCCAAAGGGACGCUCACCUUCACACCCCCAUGUACUUUUUCCUCAGCAACCUGUCCUUCCUUGACAUCUGCUAUACCACCAGCUGGGAGCCUUAUGUGUUGGCCCAGUGUUUCAAGGACUUCCCCACCAUCUCCUACACCAGCUGCUAUGCCCAGAUGACCAUUUCCCUGUUCCUGGGAAUGACUGAGUGGCUCGGCACUGGCCCGCCCUGCGCCCGCCCCUCGGGCCGGCCUGCCGCCGCUGGCGCCGCCUCCCAGCCUGCCAAAAGCGGUGAGGCGCCGGGCGACGGCAUCAUUGGAACCCGCGCUGCAGCACCGCGCCGCUCACGCAGCGCCGCGCGCCCGGCGGCCCAAGGCGAGCUCAGCCUAGGCAGCGCGCAGCGCAGCCGGACGGCGGCGGCGGCGGCGGCGGCGUCAGGAACAGCGGCGGCGGCGGCGGCGGCGGCGGGAGCCAAUCAGAGAACUGAUCCAGAAGAGUUGUUUACGAAAUUGGAACGCAUUGGGAAAGGCUCCUUUGGAGAAGUUUUUAAAGGAAUUGAUAACCGGACACAGCAAGUGGUUGCUAUUAAAAUCAUAGACCUCGAGGAAGCAGAAGAUGAAAUUGAAGACAUUCAGCAAGAAAUAACUGUUUUAAGUCAGUGUGACAGUUCCUAUGUAACAAAAUACUAUGGAUCUUAUUUAAAGGGCACAAAGCUGUGGAUCAUAAUGGAAUACCUGGGUGGAGGAUCAGCACUGGACCUUGUAAGACUUCGAGCCGGUCCAUUUGAUGAGUUCCAGAUAGCUACCAUGCUAAAGGAAAUUUUGAAAGGUCUAGACUACCUGCAUUCAGAAAAGAAAAUCCACAGGGACAUAAAAGCUGCCAAUGUCUUGUUGUCAGAGCAAGGAGAGGUUAAGCUGGCAGACUUUGGCGUUGCUGGCCAGUUAACAGAUACACAGAUUAAAAGGAAUACCUUUGUAGGAACACCAUUCUGGAUGGCUCCUGAAGUUAUUCAGCAGUCGGCUUACGAUUCGAAAGCUGACAUAUGGUCCUUAGGAAUCACUGCUAUCGAAUUAGCCAAAGGAGAGCCACCUAACUCUGACAUGCAUCCCAUGCGAGUUCUUUUCCUGAUUCCAAAAAAUAAUCCACCAACUCUGCUGGGAGAUUUUACUAAGCCCUUUAAAGAGUUUACUGAUGCAUGUUUGAACAAGGAUCCAUCAUUUCGUCCAACAGCCAAAGAGCUGCUGAAGCACAAAUUCAUUAUUAAAAAUGCCAAGAAGACGUCAUACCUGACAGAACUGAUCGAUCGGUUCAAGAGGUGGAAAGCGGAAGGACACAGCGACGACGAAUCAGACUCUGACGGCUCGGACUCGGAAAGCAGCAAUAAGGAAAAUAAUUCUCAUCCCGAAUGGAGUUUUACUACUGUUCGGAAGAAGCCUGAUGCCAAGAAACUACAGAAUGGAACAGAACAAGAAGAAGAACUUGCCAAAACACUAAGCUGUUUGUCUACAAUAAUCACACCAGUAUUUGCUGAAUUGAAAGAGCAAGACACAAGCAAUGCAAGCAGAACAAAAGCAAUUGAAGAGCUGGAGAAAAGCAUGACAGUGGCAGAAACCGCCUGUCCUGGAAUUACAGAUAAGAUGGUGAAGAAAUUAAUCGAGAAGUUUCAAAAGUUUUCCGUUAAUGACUCAUCCUAAGAAACUUGCCAUUGUUGACUUCAGUUACAUCCAGCUCCAUUGAAAUCCACCCAAAGGACUUCAAGCUUGGCAGUGCUUACUUAGCUCAUGAGCCCCCAUGUGCCUUUUGGAUCUUUGCAACAUACUGAUGGUAAAGGAUUUGGAAGAACCUACUCAACUAUGUUGUGGUUUUAUAUUUUCAGGAGAUAAUUUUGUAAGGAAGUUUUCAUACCAUUGUCUCACCUAUGUUUAUUCUGGUAGUUGUGGAGCUCAGGCUUUGUUUUUAGGCAUCAUCAUUCUUUUUUUAAAAGAUGCACAAGUUACUAGUAUGGUUUUUGCUCUUUGGUUAACCAUACACUGCUGAUACAUCUGUCAUAACGCUCAGAAAUGAAACUUUUGUCAGUUUGUCAUCAAGAAGUUUCCAAACCAAGUCUUCUUUCUCUUCCCAACCCCCCCCACCCCAAGAACCAAAUCACAGGUGAUAUCUGUGUAAAACCAGUGUCUAAAGCAUCAGGACAAACAUCUCAAUGAGUCCCUGCAUUUGAGAGCAAUCUAGCUAAAUAAAUAGUUUGCAGCUGAUCUAUGUAGCAACAUCAACAUUGCCUUUUAUAGAACAGGCUUUUUUCAAGUCAUAUUUCAGUCUUCUCAUCAUGGUUAGAAAUUUAAAGCAAUACAGUUAGGCUAGGGAAGGCUUUUUGGCAAUAAUGUUCACAACGUAGGCUGUUCGAACUUGUUGAAACACUUGCAAUGCUUGGGUUUAGGGGGAGCUUGAAGAGGCUGACCAUCACGUGACUAAUACCUCAUCAGCAGGUAUGAGCAGAAAUAACACCAGCAUUUAUGUGUAUGUGGGGAGGGGGGAGGGUUAAGUUGUCUUGUGAAAAAUAUUCGUUUUCUUCUCUGUCCAUAAGCAUCAUCAUUUAAAAUGUUCAUCAUUUCAGAAAGAGUAUUUUAAAUAUGUAUUUCCAGUAGUAUGCAAAUAACCGAGUUAGAGGUAUUCUUUCCUAAAAGUAGUCUACAGUGAAGUAGAGUAAUAUUUUUCCCUUUAUAAAAAGUAGGUAAGAUGAGAAAAUUGCUUUUUUGUUAUAUUUAUGGUACUGCUAAAUGGCUAAUGCCAUUUUCUUUCUGGAUCCAGUAUGUAUAUUAUGCUGAAUUUCAGUACUUGUGGGAUUGUUGGUGUACAUUUAUUUUUGAUAAAGGUUCUGUGUUUAUUGUAUCAUUUGAAUCUGCACAGUCAGUCUUGUUUUUGCAUAAGUCAUUGUAAAGAACCUGCAUCUUCUAUCUGCCAAAUGUGAGGAAGAGGAAGGUGUGAAGGCAUAGGCAAACGUGACCUGGGGACUCAACUGGCCAUUGGGUUCUUUUUCAAAAUAAGAUCGAGAGUCAGAAAGUGUAGUGUUCUUCUGUAUCCCAAGGAUAGUUCUUUUCAAUGGUGCCUACAGUGUAAAAAAUUACUUUUCAUUCCUUGUUUUUGUGUUAAAGAAAUGGUUCUGUUGAAAUUUUCACCUGCUGUGUAACUGAAACUCAAUUACAAUUUAUAUCUACAAAA